GUACCCUACACCGUUGAAUCAGUCCUCAAAGAUCCAACGGCUACAAACUAAAGAAGAAGAAACUAGUGCCCCACCAUUUUCAGUCCAUUUGAUUUUUAUAAAAACUAAUUUUUGUUCAAAUCCAUAAUUCUGCACCUCAAACCCGCUCUGUUUUCUCUUUUUCCAAUUUCAUUAAGUUCCCCAAAAUCAAUUGAAAUUCUCAUUUCUCUCCAAAUCUCUUACCUCAAAUCCCCAGAUUUUCCGAGAUGUUUCAUUUUCUGGUCGUUUUUCCCUUCUUCCUCAGAUGGAAUUGCUUGAGUUUGAAUCAUGUUUUGAUUGCGUUUUCCUAAAAUAAUCGGAUAUAAUAGUAAAUGUUUGAUUUCCAACGCACUCGUCAUCUCUGAUUGAUCGAUGUCAGUACGCGCUUUCCUCCAACUGUUUUAUGCGCGAUCGUUAUUUACCAGAAUCAAUUCGAUAUUCAAUUAAAGAUCUCUCGUGAUAAAACGAGUUUUCAAACUUUUGAAUUCGUAUCCCCUUCCCCCUUCGAUUAAAAAAUUAUUGAUUUCUCCUCUUAUAAUCGCAUCAAAAACCCGUUUCUCUACAGUCAGUAUUCCAUUUGAUUCGAUGGGAGUUCAGAAAGACAGAGUGAAGUUCAACGUAGGCGGCAGGCGAUUCGAGACGACGGCGACGACGCUGGCAAUCGCGGGGCGGAAUUCCCUCUUCGGCGCCAUGUUUGAUGAGAAUUGGGAUCUGGACCCCACCGCCGCCGCCGACGAGCACUUCAUCGACCGCAAUCCGGACUGCUUCGCCGUCCUCCUCGACCUCCUCCGCACGGGGGAGCUCUACACCCCCCCAAACAUCCCGGAGCGCCUCCUCCACCGCGAGGCCCUCUUCUACGGCCUCUCCGACCACCUCCGCGCCGCCAAAUGGGGCCCAUUCGACGGCAACACCCUCCGCCUCUCCCGCUCCAUCCCGGGCCGGGCCCCAGGCGACGGAACCGCCAUCCGGGCCGGCCCAGAUGGCGGCUGCUGCGUCGCCCACGGGAGCAUGGUCCACGUCUACGACUGGGCCAUGGAGGAGCACCCGCCAAUGAACCUCGACUACCAGAGGGUAAACGACGCCGUUUGGGUGGACUCCAACAGCAUUGUGUUGAGCGCCUGCGAGAGGCUAGGGAGGGAUGAUGGUGGGAUGGGAUUGUUCAAUGCCUCUACUGGUGAAUUGAAACACAAAUUCCACGUCAGUCAUGAUGAUCAAGUGAAGAGCUUCACUGGUGGAGCGUUGAGCUUGAAUUACUCUGAUUAUAGGCUGUUUGCUAGUUGCAGAGGUAGGAGCAAUGAGUAUGGUGUUGGUGUCUGGGAUCAGGUGACCGGGAAGCAAGUCGACUUCUUCUACGAGCCGCCCGGAUGGUCAUUGGGCGAGGCUGACAAGCUGCAGUGGCUGCACGGCGCCAACUGCUUGAUGGUGGCUACCCUGUUUCCUAGGAAGGACAAUUGCUACAUUAGUUUGUUGGACUUUCGGGACAAGGAGAGGAUGGUGUGGGCGUGGUCGGAUGCAGGGGCGCCCGUGGGGGACGAGCGUAGGGUGAGGGACGCCAUAGCUAUGGAGGAGUGUGGCUCUAUAUGUGUGGUGAAUGAGUUUGAGGAUCUUGGGUUCAUGGACUUGAGGAGAUCCGGGGGUGUGAUGAGGUGGAGAUCGAGGAGCCGGCUCAUGAAGGGGAAGAUGCCGGAUGAGCCGUGCUACCCUAAGCUCGCCCUGCACCAGGGGCAGCUGUUCUCGUCUAUGAACGACACCAUAUCCGUCUUCUGUGGGCCGGAUUGGGUGCUCACUUCGCGGCUGAGGAACGGUUACGGUGGCUCCAUCUGUGACUUCUCCAUUGGGGGAGAUAGGCUCUUUGCAUUGCAUAGUGAGGAGAAUGUGUUUGAUGUGUGGGAGACUAGGCUUCCUCCAAUUAUGUGAUUCUUGAAUUUGACUUAGUUCUAUCUUGGUUUAGAUUUUAGUUUUUCAUAUAUCAGUUGGUUAUAGAAAGUGAAAAUUGAGUGUAUAGAUCUAACAAGAGUAUAUGAUUGGAUUGUCUUUGAUGCUACUGGAUGAUGCUUGUGUUUACAUAUGCAACAGUUGAUUUAGGUCUUGGUAGAUGUUGUUGAUAUUUAAAUGGGACCAAUUCUAUCUAUUAGUAUCUCUCUAUUGAUUAUUCUGAUUGUUUUUAUGGGGCCAUCAAAAGUGACAAGGUCAAGCUUCUUUUGAACAAA